UCAGUCUCAAACCGGUGAAGAACUAAGAACCCUGACCAUUUAGCUCCCUAGGGGUUCAGGUGGCUCUGUGGAACUGAACGGAAAAUGGCACUCAGAGGAGUGCUUGUCUGUGCUGUGGCUGUAGCAUGCUUGCCAAUGACAUGGAGUGUCCAGGGUCCCCAAGGGGAAAGUGGAACUUCCGCUCGAAUCAAGAGAAUGACGACCGAACUGUUGACAAAGUAUAUAAAGAUAAACCCAGAUAUACCCCAUGCAGACAACAUGUGGUACCAGUAUGUAUCCAUGUUGGCCGAAACAUACAAUCAAACUAAAUGUUAUGUAUGUUCCAUAAUGCCACGAUCAAGUCAACAACCUGUCCUACAUGCCCGACCCAUGCCAGAGAAAAAUGGAUGGUGUUUCGCAAUACUAAGGGCUUUUGGGUUUAAUCCCCUCAAAGGACUCAGACGGUCGGAAAGUAAUGAGGCACAACUAGCCGCCCAUCCCUGUUACAACAUCUCAAGGCCAUUCACAAUAGUGUCAAGAAGUUCUGUCGUCACACCCGCACCAGUGACUCUCGAAGUGAGUGAAACCAUCUCACAUCCCCUGUGCUUCCGACGAAGAUGUGUUGAUGGAGUAAAAGUGGGAGAUACAAAACGCUGCAUCACCACCGCACUUCUAGAACCUUCCAGCGAGACCUCGAUGAAUACCACAUUAGCAAUCAGACAAAUCCUAGCAGGAGGCGAAAAUCCCCACUACAUCAUCGAAGGGGGAUGGUGGCUCUGUGGUCGCCGAGGCUACGCAGUCCUUCCAGGACAAUGGGAUGGCACAUGUGCCCCCGUAUAUGUGUCAGAUCACACUGUGUUCCUCAGUCUGACACUUUUUCAGGAACAUCAUCAGCGAAAGACACGUGCAGCUGUUGCCCCCACCUUCCGUCCCUACGACAGUGUCUGGGGCUCAGACGUACCAGAUGAAUACAAGCUUUGGAGCACAGGACAAAAGAGGCCCUUACAGGUUACCAGACGGAGCUGCAAGCUCUGAAACUAAUGACACUGCAGUCCCGAAUGGUUUUGGACCUCCUGACUGCCGAAAAAGGAGGUGUGUGUGAAAUAGUUGGUACCUCCUGUUGUACCUACAUCCCAGGAGAAAAUGACACCCACAUCGAGUAUGCUCUACAAGGACUUCGGAACCUCCGUAGGGCUAUGUCCCAGGAUGAAACUCCGGCCAAGGAUGUCCAUCCCUUUUGGUGGCUGUUUUACGGCAAUUGGAGGCAACUUCUCUAGAAAGUCGCAGUUCUUUUAGUUGUCAUACUGUUAUUUCUCUGUAUUUUUACAUCAUGCAUCAUUCCUUGUAUUCGUCACAUGAUGACUAAGAUGUUGACAUCAGCGUUUGCUGUCCAGAAUAUCAUGUUGGUCCAGCGUGAACAAGAUGAGUGGGACCACCUUGCGUAAAUCGCCUGCCGGUUUGUUUUUUCUUUUUGAUGAUCCAAAACAAAAUACAUUCCAUU